CCGGUUGAGAGGAGUUUCACGGUGCGUUUGUUGCGAAAUAAUACAUUUUAUUCUUGGUAAAAUGUUUUACAUAAUUGGUCUCGGCCUAGGAGAUCCGGAGGACAUCACGGUGAAAGGUUUAAAUAUCAUCAAACAAUGUGCACGUGUUUACCUGGAGUCUUACACAUCAAUACUGUCCUGCGGUCAGGAAAAACUGGAAGAAUUUUACGGUAGAAAAUUAAUACUGGCCGAUCGAGAGAUGGUGGAACAACGUGCCGAUGAAAUACUGCAAGGUUCCGAGAACGAGUCCAUUGCCUUUCUGGUGGUUGGCGAUCCGUUUGGUGCAACAACGCACACCGAUCUGUUGCUGCGGGCGAAAGAAAAAGGCAUUAACACGUCCGUCGUGCACAACGCUUCCAUCAUGAACGCGGUUGGAUGUUGUGGGCUUCAACUGUACCACUUCGGGGAAACGGUUUCCAUCCCGUACUGGGAUGACAACUGGAAACCGGACAGCUUCUACGAGAAGAUUGCUGCCAACCUGCAGCACGGUCUGCACACGCUGUGCCUUUUAGACAUCAAAGUGAAAGAACCCACUCUAGAGUCGCUGAUGAAGAAAAAACGGGAAUAUAUGCCGCCUCGGUUUAUGUCGGUAAGCGAAGCUGCUGAUCAAUUGCUGGCAAUAGUUGCAAACAAGAAUGAACCAGAAGAAGGACACGGGUUGAGCGAAAAGUCCUUGGUGGUCGGACUGGCACGGGUAGGUCAUGAAAGUCAGAAAAUUUUAGCCUGUUCACUGAAAGAUAUGAAGGACGUUGACCUAGGACCGCCCCUACACUCAUUAAUCAUCCCCAACGGACGUCUGCAUCCGUUGGAGACAGAAUUUCUUCAGCAGUUCGCUGAACUAGACCUACAAAAAUCAUAGGUUAGCCAUCGCAGCGCUAACACACGCGAUGGAAAUGGUCACACCAAAAUUUCCUUUUCCGAUUUUUUGAUGGAAUAAAGUUUAUGUAUAUUUUUUGUCAUGCAAAUAUCUAAAUGAGUCAGAC